CGUAACGCCCCCAUUACGAAAUGUCAAACGUCAAAGUCAAAAACUUCCGUCUUGUCAAAACCACCAAAACCCAAAAAUUAGCUAAUGAAAUCCAUGUUUCAGCAAAAAUCGAAGAAAAAACCGCCACCGAGGCCUCCACCCCCGAAUUUUAUGAAAUACAAGAGUAAGUCGACGUAUAAUUUGAAUCAACCUUCCACGAAUUUAAUCGAAUGGAGUCCUCCAAGUUCACCAAAACCAGAGCACUCGCACCAGUUUGGCGGAAGCGUUUCUAGCUCAUACAGCAGUAGCACUAGUAGUUUAACCUCGAGCAAAAAGAGCUUGGAAAAUGAUAAUUCUUUAUUUAAUAUUAACUCAUCAACAUUGAACUGGAUAAGCAAUAACUCCAUGAAAGAAAACUCAAGUGUCUUAAAACCGAGAAUCAUACGUCCAGCGCCUCCAAAGAAGCUAGUUUCUAGAGAUGAAUCGGCGAGUGGGAAUUCGCCCCCGAUGCCCAAAGUGCCUCCGCCAAGCCUCCCGAAGGGGCGCUACGACGUAAUCACGCCAUACGGGAUUGCGCUGUUUGAUUUUCCAGCAACUCAGGCCGGCGAUUUGGCCCUUCAGGUUAAUGAUGUAGUGGAACUGGUACGAAGAGUUAACAGUGAAUGGCUGUAUGGCAAAGUGUGUGAUAGGGAAGGGAUUUUCCCUGAAAAUUUUGUUCAAAUUCAAGUACCUUUAGCUGGUGAAAACCAAAUAGUUACAGCUUUGUAUGAAUUUCGUCCGCAAAUGGCCGGUGACCUAGCUUUAAAACCCGGCCAGAAAAUUAAAAUUUUGAAAGAAGUCUCAAGUGAAUGGCUGUAUGGGCAAAGUGAGGGACAGUGUGGGCAGUUUCCACGGAAUUUUGUUUCGUAGAAAUUUAAGUUCCGAGUAUUAUUUAUGUGAUUGUUGCACAUAAAAUGUGAUAAAUUGUGCCUCAUUAUGGCUAUAGUUUUGUAUAUUUGUUCAUGUUGGUUAUCUAAAUGGAAUAUUUUUUUAACAUGUACCUUAAAUUUAAUACAAAUUUUACACUCCA